CUUGUCUCGUCUUUACACUGAAUUUCAGGUGAUGCUCAGCUCUUUCCUUUACGAAUAAUUGAUAAGCAACUUCCGCCCUCCGCCCUAUAGUGCGUUACAUUUUGUCGAGCUGGUCGUGCAUCAUAUAGGCUGAUACAGAAAAAGGUUUAUCCAGAUCAGCUGCGCUUCUGUUGACAAGUCGACAGCGAGCUAUACAGUUUCACCUGUAUUUGCUCUUAGUUCAGAUCGUCUAUUUGUGUUCGUAUGUAGUUCCUAUUUCAACCUACGUUCCGACAUUUCUCCUUGGACAGUUUUAGGUCAAAUAGAAGGUCAAAUUCCGUAACUAACAACAGUCUAAUUACUUUUAAAAAUAUAGGCUGAUGUUGCAAUCGAUGCUGCAUAAAUAAUGGACUAAUGCUUUGCGGCUGUGCGCAUAUGCUGGCGAGACACGGUGAUGUCAUUGGCCUGUAAAUAGAUCAAACUAUUCGCAUCGAAAGCCUUUCCAUUUCAGUGUCGUGAGUCGAAACAGUCGGUUAAGCAAAUUGCGGUGUGGAAUGUUUCCAAAUAGUGCUGUGUUGCUGUAAUAGAGUCAACGUGUGAUUAACCAACAACCGUGUCGUGCGUGUAUAAUACCUAGUCAACUAAUGAGCGGAACUUGAUUAAUCGAUAUCAAUAUGAGCGCUACUACUUCGAUCGGCAAAGGUUUGAUUUUACUCUGUUUCAUUGUCGUCGUCUACAUUUCACUGGCUGCUUACGAAAUGGACAAUACUAAUGUAGGCCAGCAGCUCAUUCAAAAGAAAAUUGUUCUUGCGUCCAAUUCGUGCGCCAAUCCCGCAACUAACACCGUCGAAUCUCCAGGUGAAACGAAUAAACCAGAGCAGGUGGUUGAUUUGACAGUCAUCAGUCGUGAUUUUUUCCUUUAUUUAUCUUCCCACUUACGUGACACCCCCUAUGCUGGAGUUAAAAAUUACUCAAAUUACAUAAUAGCUAAAUCAAAGUUAAAUCCUUUACCCGGUGUCAUACCUUUGCGGUCCGAUUUCGGGCCGGUGUUAAACGACGUGAAUUAUUUUCGAUAUCCAAUUGAAAUUCCAAAGUGUCGUAAUAAUAACGUGGCACACCUGAAUGUUUCUAGUCUAUUUGUGGCCAUCAUAUCUGCCCCCAAUUACUUUGAUAAACGCAACGUCAUCCGCCAAACUUGGCUGAGUUAUUUACAAAAGCAGACGGAUCUCAAUCUGGCCGGAUUCGGUUUCGUCGUCGGAUUGCCGGAAGACCAAGAAACUCGGAUGAAAAUCGAGGCGGAAAACGACCAACACAAUGACAUUUUACAAAUUGAAAUGAGAGACGACUACUACAAUCUGACACUGAAAGUAGUGGGCUUGCUCAAUUGGAUAAACGAUCGCUGUUCUCGGGUGGAUUUCAUAUUGAAAGUGGACGACGACGUGUACGUCAAUGUCCGGAAUCUAAGAGAGGCUAUGAAAAAUCUAAACUCAUCCGAACAAAGUGUGUACGGAUCCGUGGUCUACAAUCCACCUCAAAGAGGUGGCAAAUGGGAAGUUAGCUUACAAGAUUGGCCAUGGAAUAAUUAUCCUCCUUACUUUAGAGGUGCUGCUGUGUUAAUGCCGGGAAGUGCCAUCAGUUCCUUGUUGGCCGCUGCCCAAACGACACCUUAUUUUCCUUUCGACGACGUCUAUCUCACAGGACUAUGUACUGCCAAAGCGGGAAUUAAAGUGCGCCAUUCAGAUAGUUUUUUCCUUGGUGGAGCCGCUGAGACGCCGGAACCUUGUCACGUACGAACUUCUGUUACGUGGUUGACGGAUUCAGUCACUCAUCUCGAGAAAUCUCAUUGGGCAUUUCACGAUUUUUAUCAAAAUGUGACGCAGUGCUUCGUUGUGAGACUAGACGGUACCAACCAGACGGCGGAUCACGAAGAGGCUAUUGAUUUUCCUUUUUCAAGUUGAUAAUUUGAACUAGUCUAGUAAGUCUACAUCUUUGAAGAGGAUAUAAAGUUCCCAAAUUAACUUUUAAUGAGCAUCUUACUUUUUUACUUUCUUUUUUGCGUCCUUUUCCGGAGAACUUCAUUUAACAUUAUUAAAGUUACGAGAUAGUGGGUGUCUUCUCCCAUUCGUGAUGUAGUAUACAUUUGACUAAAGACAAGACUUAUUCUGUCAAUAAUAAAUUGUAAACCGGC